AUGUCCCAACCAGCCCCCACAACCGCCAACACCCUCACGGCCAGCUACACCUCCCCCACCAACGAGGCCUUUGCCAUCACCACCACCUUGCCCUCCUCCUCUUCCUCCGACAAAACAUCCCAUCUCAGCGCGCUGCGGGACGCCGUCGCCGACGCCCAAGAUACAAUCAACAAGGAGCUCACGGCGCGGAUGGAAGAGGACAAGGCGCGUGACGCGAGUGCGGCGGCUGUCGACGACGCCAAGGAGGAGGAAAACUAUGGCGAAGAAGUGCAAGAGGGGGAUGAUUGA